AUGGACAACUCCCACGUCGCCCUCGUCUCCAUGAUGCUCAAAGCAGAGAUGUUCUCCCCGUACCGGUGCGACCGCAACAUUGCGCUGGGCAUCAACUUGAACUCGUUGACCAAAGUGCUGCGCGCGGCCCAGAACGAAGACAUCCUGACCCUCAAAGCCGAAGAUGCACCGGACGUGGUCAACCUGGUCUUCGAGAGCAGCGAGACGGACCGACUCAGUGAAUACGACAUCAAGUUGAUGGACAUUGAUCAAGAGCACUUGGGAAUCCCAGACACUGAAUAUGCAGCUACCAUUGAGAUGCCGAGUGCCGAGUUCCAGCGCAUCUGCCGCGAUCUGAUAGCCUUGUCGGAGUCAGUGGCUAUUGAGGCGAGCAAGGAUGGCGUGCGGUUCGCUUGCCAAGGAGACAUUGGAAGUGGCAGCGUCACGCUUCGACAGCACAAGAACAUCGACAAACCAGACCAGGACGUGGCCAUCAAUCUUUCGGAGCCCGUGUCCUUGACAUUCUCACUCAAGUACCUGGUCAACUUCUGCAAAGCCAGCGGCCUCUCAGGGCGAGUAAAACUGUGCCUGUCUCAGGAAGUGCCGCUGUUGGUGGAGUACGGUUUAUCGGGUAGCAGCUACCUACGCUUCUAUCUGGCCCCCAAGGUAAGUCGGCUCCAGAAAUGGAGAAAGCAGGGUGAUGGUUAA